AUGAUCCUGGGGCGGGAAGUAUCCUCACGCCAAGGCUUGUUGUCAGCAGAUGGAACGUCAAUCUUGUACCCUAGUAUCAUGAACACACCCCAAGAAUUAAUUCUGCCUCCUCUGUGCCGUUACUCCGAUCUCCAAGCCUGGGUGUGGGUUUGGUGGAUGCUGGUAUUACCAGAAGGUAACGGUGAACCCUCCUUCGAUAACCGGUCUAGACCGACUGCCUGGGCAGUCUUCGUCCUGCCACCUUUGCCUGACUUGACUGACGCCGGCCUCUUCGUCCUUGAGGCACCCUUCAGAGUCUCCUGUCUCAGUCAACCUCAGACUCGAGAGUACCUAGACGUGCUAUUUGCUGCCACACCUAGACUUGCACACUUUAGGAAUCUUCACACCAUGUCGUCUCUUUCUGAAGAUGCGAAGCCCUUCUUACCGAGCGAAAAUGGCGAUUCCAGUUUCGACUUAGCCCCGGCUGAGAGAUCGAGACUGCGGCAAGACCGAUCGACUGAGUCCCGCUGGCGAAGGAGACUCUGGGUCAGCCAUGUUAUCUUCUUGGGAUUCAACGUUGCGUUCCUCAUCUACAACAUCAGUGAUGUUGGGAAGCACAUCGGGCCAGAGGCCGCAGUGCUCGAAAGAGCCUACUCACCGGCACAGAUGGCUAUUCGUUAUACAGUCAAGGAGGAAGCCCCUAUGUUGCCCGACAACGUGCUCACCGGUCCGCCCGGCCCUGAGGCUGACAAGGCGUUCUCCGAAGAUGAGAUGAACAGAAUGCAAAAGACCUCGCUCGCCCUCAAAGACGGAAGCGGGUAUAUCGGUUAUUUGGAGUCUUUCCACAUGUUGCAUUGUGUUAAGAGUGCUUGGAAGUCCCAAUACAUGGAUCACUAUGGCAGUGGACAUUCGACCAAGCCCGGUCAUCUAGCUCAUUGUCUCAACAAAGAAGGGGGGACUAUCAAGGGUAAGGAGAUAAUGGACAUUGAGGCUAACAGGACCGGACAUCGCCAAUGCACCGACUUUAGCAAGCUUCAAGCUUGGGCUACCAAGCGAACUCUUGACUUUGAUGUCCACGAUACUGACAAGUUUCUGCGUACCUUGAAGCCGGAGCACUAG